AUCCUGAUAUUUUGGGCAAAGUGACAUUUUUGAUUUUUAUCAUUAAUAAUGUUAAACUGAAUUAUUUUACGGCGAUUUUAGACCAAAUUGAGCUGUAAUUUUGAAAUAUAGGUAAUCAGAAAAAAAUAUUAAUCUGCAAAUAUAAAUGUAACUGUUUUCACGAACCGACUUAUACAUUUACGCCGCUUUGUCAGUCCACAGAAAUUACGAAAAACCGUUUCACGAACUGUCGUAUCUUUUUACGACACUAUGUGGAAACGUAGUGUGUCAUUUUUAUUAUGCGCCCUCUGUUGGUUACGUCAAUUAGCUUUUUCGUACCCAGGACUCUUGAACUUGCGUGCUUGUUUUUUAAACAAAGGCAGACUCUGCUGGGAACGAGGAAAAGCAUUGCUUCGCACACGUACACGUUGUACGUACGUACAUAGCAUACGUACGUACGUACGGCUGUGCAGCUUGCAGUUUGCUGGGGCUGACUCAGUAGGCAACUUCAGGCCAUUAAAAUGGCUGAAAAUGGCACCUUGCCCUCCACGGAUACCAUGACAAAUAAAGGAAUCACAGGCACCUCCCCAAAAGAUGUCUUGGUCCAGUGGAGUGACCACACAAAGAAUGUAGUUAAAUCCAGCGAGUUACAUUUUCGUGGACUAUUACAUCAACAUCAGCGGGUGAAGAUGAGGUGGGGAAGAACUUGGUGGAGGGGCAAGGUGCUUGCCUAUGAAUCAGCAAGUCAAGAGGCAUCUGAUGAGUCUGAGACCUUCCGUGAUGUGGAUGUUACAUCUGAGCAAGAUUCCUCUGACAGUCAGGUUAUCGGAGAGCUUAGUGACAGUGACUUGGACGAGAUGGAUGACAUUCCACUUACACAGCUGCAGACACACCUGGCAUCAACUCAAAAGCCACUCCAUGAAACUGAUGGCAAUGGGAAAGUGAAUGUUACUGACUCAGAGGAGAUGGAUGACAUGUCAUUGAUGCAGUUGCAGACACACUUGGCACGUACCAAUAAAAGCAUGACAUCAUCGGAAGCUGCAGUCUGUCCACCGUCUCAGACUGCCCAAGACCUCAACGCGAACAAGACAACAACACCCACUGAACUGGCUGCCACUGCCAUCCCAAAUGCAACAACACCUACAAAGGAGGCUGGUGAACACCAGGAAAGCCAGAUGAUGAACAUAUCUGAACAGUGUUCAGAGUUUCAUUGCCUUCAGGACAUUUUUGCCGCAUGUGCUCAAUGUCAGUGCUUAUUGUGCUUUGAACAUUUUAUUAGAAGUGAUGCAUGUUCAAAUCACAAUAAGUAUUUCUCUGUAUACGUAGAUAACAUGUCAUCCUCUGUAAUUGACAACUCUCCCUGUUUUGUUGAGGUUGGCGCUACUGAUAACACACUGAUUCAGGAUGAAAUGCUGACCACAGUUGAUGUGGGAAUGAACAUUGACUGUGUAAGUGAUCCAUCUCAACAAAAACAACCCGAAGAUUAUGUGGUAGAUGGAGAAGAGAGAGUUGAAACAGGGUUCUCUGCUAAUGUUCAGCCAUCUGGCACUAAAGCAAGGAACAAAAAUGUCACAUUUAAGCGAAACCAGGGAGAGUCAUAUUAUACUGAGAAAACCAAUAGGUAUGUCCUGCCAAGAAAAGAACAAAACAAGCAAAGGUGUUCAUCUGCAUUCUGUGAUGUAAGAAAGUUGUCAUGCAAGACAUUAACGGAGUCAGACCGCAAGUCAAUACAGCAUGCAUUUUAUGAUUUAGGCAACUUAAGCUUACAACGCCAGUGGAUUUCUCGCCAUCUUGAAAUACAGAAUCAGAGCCAAAACCCCAGAAAGAAAAUUAAAUUGAAAUAUUUUCUUCCACUCAAUGAAGAACUUCAAAUAUGCUCCAAGGUACAAGUGUGUAAGGUUAUGUUCCUGAACACGCUUGGGUUGUCAGAAAGACAGGUCAGUACCGUGGUUAAAAAAACAAGGCCUUUGGGUGUGAUAGAACCAGAGAAGCGAGGUGGUAGGGUGAGAAAAGAUCUAGACCAACAAUUAGCCGAUGAAGUGCACAAACACAUCAACAGAUUUCCUAAAAUGGAAUCAUACUUUUGCAGAGCGAACACUGGCUAUCAGUAUUUGUCACCAGACUUAAACAUAAACAGGAUGCACAGAUUGUACCUCGAAGAGCACAAAAAGAAUGGCAGAAAAGCUUCUUUGAGUUUUUACUCGAAGAUUUUCAAAAGCAUGAAACUCAAGUUCCAUUCUCCCAAGAAGGACUUGUGUGGGUUGUGUGAUGCCUACAGAAAAGGAAAUGAAGAAGAAAAAAUGCGGAUGUGUAUCGGUUACGAAAAGCAUAUUCAAGAAAAAUGCAAAGUUCGAGAACUUAAAGAAGAGAUGAAGGAAAAGGCGCACUUGAAUCCUGAGACUUUUGUGGCAUCAGUAUUUGACUUGGAGCAAGUCUUGUACCUGCCCAGGUCUAACAGAGUUUGUCACUUCAUCAAGCAUCGGAAUUUGCAUCAGUGUAACAUGUGCCAUUGA